AAAAGACAAAUCUUAAGCUAACCACAAAAAUGUUGAAUGUUUAUAUAAACAUUUGUUGAAAGUAUAAGCAAGAAUAUAUGUUCCUUUUCUAUAAGUAUUCUGGCCUCUGAAUUAUCAAAGGUUCUGAAUAAUAGUCUAAUAAUAACCGUUAACAUGUUUCUAAAACCAAUCUUGCUGAAAGAACUACGACAAUGUCAGCGAAUUUUACGCAGGGGAGUAAGUACAACAUCAAGUUGGGAUAUUGUCACAGGUAUUUGCGUUGAAAGAUUACCAGUAGUCACUCCACCCCUAAAUGAGAUGCAAAAGAAAUAUAAGGAUAUGCUUUAUGCCAUAGAGUUAGAGAACAGUUUAAAAUCAGAUCAUGAGAUUAGGCAUGACUAUGAAAAAAAGCAAGCUGAGCUUUUAAAAAAUGAAUCUGCAGAUGUAGAUUUGGAUACAGUAAGCAAAAUCACAGCUCAAGAUUUUGAAGAUGCUGCUACUGAGGAAUUAGCUCAAUUUAAAUUUGCUGAUAUUGUAACAGAAGCUGACAAAGCAGGAAAUAAAGCUUCCAUUGAAAGAUGUUUGCAGAGACAUCUAGUGCUUGUUACAACACUUAAAUUAGGUCAAGAUACCAAAACAAUCCUCCCACAAGGAAAAUGGCAGGAAGGAGAAACAUUACGACAGGCUGCUGAAAGAGUUCUGUUACAACAUUGUGGGUCUGACCUAAAAGUGCAGUUUUUAUCAAAUGCACCUUGUGGAUUUUAUAAAUACAAGUAUCCUUCUGAAAUUGAUGGAAAAGUUGGUGCGAAGGUUUUCUUCUACUAUGCAAAUUACAAAAGCGGUAAUGUAAAUAAAAACGUUAAAGCAAAUUGGUUGACACGAAAUGAGCUAACUGAGAUACUACCUGAUAAAUAUAAAAAAUCUGUAGGAGAAUUUCUUAUCGAAGAGACAUACUAGAUGGUUGUAAUAAAUUAGCCUUAGAAAUUGAUAAUAUAUUUUACUGAAC